AUGGGAUAUAAGAAAAAAAAAUCUGAGAAGGAAGCGAAAGUUGAAGAACCUACGGCGUCAUAUUUCCAAAUUUAUCGGUAUGCAAAAUGGUACGAGUUGCUGGCGACAAUCGUCGGUGUAUUGCUGGGCUUGUUGAGUGGUGGUGGCGUGUGUUACAACUUGGUGCAGUUUGGGGAGUUGAGUACAGCGUUCGUUGAGAGGACAGCGCAACAGGAUCGACUAUCCAGUUACCUACCACUAACGUCCUUGUUUGGCGGGGGCAGGAGGCUAAACAAUGCGUCACACGAAGAAAACAUGGAGGCGUUAGUGGAAGACGGAAAGGCGAUGGCGAUUGGUCUUUUUAUCUCUGUCUUCAUUUCCUUAGUGCUGUGCUUUCUCUCAGUGUCUCUUAUUAGUUGGAGUGCGUUGAGACAGAUAACUCGAAUACGUCUUAUUUUCCUGGAAUCCGUGUUUCGACAAGAUAUGACUUGGUACGACACAGAUACUGAAUUCAACUUGGCUACGAAAAUGUCGGAAAACAUGAUGAAACUCAAAGAAGGUAUGGGAGAGAAACUUGGCGUAGUGGCUAAUCUUGUUGGCACAGCGAUUAUAUGCCUUUGUCAAGCUUUUCCUCAAGGUUGGGAACUCACUCUAGCCUGUUUCUCCGUUGUUCCAUUCUCGAUAGCAGCAUCUGUCAUAUUGUCGAAUUAUCAAACGAGAUCGUCUGCGCGAGAGAUGGGAUCCUACAGUCAGGCUGGAAAACAAGCAGAAGAGGUAUUGAAGUCAGUGAGGACUAUCGUUGCUUUUGGUGGGGAGGGUAAAGAAGUUGAAAGAUAUCGGCGAUUAUUGGAACCCGCUGAAAAAUAUGGUCGAAAACGUGGCUUGUAUACAGGACUGGGUACUGGCUUCAAUUGGGUUCUGACGUACUCAUUGAAUGCUAUUGGCCUGACAUACGGAACCCGACUUAUUCUCAUAGAUAUGGAUAAGCCGACGGAUGAAAGAAAAUACCUCGUUGGUAUAGUAUUCAGUAUCCUUUUCGCUGUGUACAUGGCAACGCAAUCCAUCACGCUUUGUGUACCGCACAUGGAGAUAUUUUCGUCAGCUCGCGGUGCUGCCACAAGUGUGUUCCAACUCCUCGAUAGAAAACCCGUCAUAGAUUGCUUAGCUGAAGGAGGUAUAUCCCCAAGACGCGUCAUAGGCGAGAUAUCUUUAGAAGACGUUCACUUCACCUAUCCAUCCCGACCCAAUGUAAAGAUUCUUCAAGGUUUCUCUCUUAACAUCAAAGCGGGAGAAUGUGUGGCACUGGUCGGGUCAUCCGGUUGUGGUAAAUCCACGAUAUUGCAGUUACUGCAGAGGCUGUAUGACCCCCAUUUGGGGACUGUUAAAAUCGACGGAAAGAAUGUCAGGAACCUCAAUUUGAGCUGGCUGAGAUCAUCUCUAGGUGUCGUUGGGCAGGAGCCAGUACUCUUCAAAGGUACCAUUUACGAAAACAUAGCUAUCGGCUGCCCGGAAGCUACCAGGGAAGAAGUUCAAAGGGUUGCAGAAAUGGCUUACGCUCACGACUUUAUCUCGCAUCUAUCCAAUGGUUACGAUACUUUCAUAGGCGAAAGAGGAGCCUCUUUAUCUGGUGGGCAAAAACAACGGAUAGCUAUAGCUCGCUCACUGCUUCGCGAACCCGCCAUUUUACUUUUAGAUGAAGCUACGUCUGCUUUAGACCCUCAUUCAGAAAGACAGGUCCAGGCAGCACUUGAUCGGGCUAGUGUUGGUCGGACCACACUUAUGGUAUCACACAGGCUGUCAACGAUCGUAAACGCAGACCGAAUAAUCUAUAUGGAUCAAGGUGCUAUUGUGGAACAAGGCACCCACGAAGAACUUAUGAAAUCCAAAGGUUUCUACUAUAAACUAGUAACAACAGGCAAUGGGAACAAAGAGCCCGAUGUUAUCGAGACCUUACAGGAAGAACAACCAGAUGGUGGAGACGAUACUGAAGUGUCUUUGUCACCGCGAGUUGACGUCAAAAGAAGAUCAACUAAACGAAUAGUCAGGCAUCAUUCUAUGAAACGAGAUUCUCAUGAUUGGAUGACGCCUCGCGGAUCAAUAUCUUCUGUGAUAUCUACAGGAAUACAAAACUUCGUUUAUAACAAUGAUUUCGAGUCAGAAGAAGAAGAUAAAAUUGAUGAAGAUGAGGAUAUAAAACCCCUAAACGAUUGGCAAAUAUUGAAACUGAACGCUCCUGAAUGGCCCUUUAUUGUGAUUGGGUCGAUCGCUGCGUUCGCCCAAGGCUGUUGUUUUCCCGUUUUCGCUUUACUCUUUGGAUUCACAGCUGGGAUCUACGUCUUACCGGAUCGUAAUCAAAUAAUCUCCCUGGCUGAUCUUUAUUCUGGAAUGUUCGUCGUCGUGGCAGCAGUCGCCGGUCUGUCCAUGUGUCUGCAAAGUGCAACAUUUACUAAUGCCGGCCUUAAAAUGACGACAAGACUACGAUAUCAGUAUUUUGGCGCUUUACUUAAACAAGAAAUCGGUUUCUUUGACAAAGAGAAGAAUACUGUUGGUGCCCUUUGCGCUAGAUUGAGUAGCGAUGCGGCUGAAGUUCAGGGCGCUACUGGUCUUAGAAUAGGUCUUAUUAUUCAAGGAACGAGUUCAGUUGUGGUCGGAUUUAUCAUGGCUAUCUCAUAUGACUGGAAGCUAACUCUGGUCGGGACAGCAUUCUUGCCUUUGAUGGUGGGCAGUAUUUGGCUAGAAGGUAGAAUUUCACAGAAGUCCCAAUCCGAUGAGCGAGACGCGAUGGAAUCAGCGACGUCUAUCGCCACCGAGGCUGUCGUCAGUAUUAAGACUGUGCAGAGCUUAGGUGUGGAAAAAGUUUUUCUGAAGAAGUUUCACGACGCACUGCUCGAAUCAUGUGCUGCUGUCACUGCUAAGACGAGAUGGAGGGGCUUAGUCCUCGGUUUGGGGAUUUACGUCCCAUUUAUGUCUUACUGCUCCGCUACAGUCUACGGCACAACUUUAGUAGCGUACGAAGGACUACAAUAUAAUAUUGUAUUGCUAGUAAACGAAGCUCUUAUGUACGGUGCCUACAUGUUAGGCCAGUCACUUGUCUACGCUCCGAGUUUUAAUUCAGCUAGGGCAUGCGGUGGAAGAAUUGUGUCCAUCAUAAACCGGGAGCCGAAAGUCCAAACGAAGCCUGGCCUAAAGGAUAGGAAGGAUUGGGCUGCAACAGGAAACUUCUCUAUCAAGGAAGUAGAGUUCAGCUAUCCAACACGGCCGAAUCAGCGAAUUUUAAGAGGAAUAGACCUUAAAGUAGAAGCUGGGAAGACAGUCGCUCUCGUUGGCUCAUCGGGUUGUGGAAAGUCCACAAUAUUGCAACUGUUUCAACGAUUUUACGAUCCCGAUACUGGAAAUAUUGAAUUAGACGGCCGCGACAUCCACUCAUCGCUAACAGUACCACGCUUGCGACGUCAACUCGGAGUGGUUCAGCAGGAACCAGUUCUCUUCGAUAGGACAAUAGCCGAAAACAUUGCAUAUGGCGACAACAACCGUAAAGUGACUAUGCACGAGAUUAUCGCGGCUGCAAAGGCCGCUAACAUCCACAAUUUCGUUGUUUCAUUGCCAAAGGGUUAUGAUACGAAUUUGGGUGCAAGUGGAGCCCAAUUGUCUGGUGGGCAGAAACAACGGAUAUGUAUAGCCAGGGCGUUGAUUAGAUCGCCGCGUCUACUCUUGCUCGAUGAAGCAACAUCAGCAUUGGACGCUAAUAGUGAACGGGCGGUGUCUGAAGCAUUAGAGAAAGCGGCUAAAGGACGCACUUGUAUAACAAUUGCGCAUCGGUUGUCAACGAUCAAGGACGCAGACCUGAUCUGCGUGGUAGAUAAAGGUAAAAUAGUGGAACGUGGCACCCACGCUGAACUAAUGGCGCUAAAAGGAAAUUACUGGCGCAUGGGCAAAGGCCAAGACAUGGCUUAA